AUGGAGUUGUUGAUGGAAGCUUCGUCGAGUCCGAUCACAGAUCUUUCACCAUCAAACGUGUCAAAACGCAUGUUGGCAGCAUCUCAUAAACCACAAGGGGUUACAGACGCACGGAUCUUUCAAGCUUCUGAAGAUUCAAUAUACUACUUUUAUGAAGCUACACUUCUUUUGAGAAUGCUUGGUUCGACCUCCAAGGCUCCUCACCACAAUGCAAACCACACCGCAGGCAAAAGAUCCUCGUCGACUUGGCACAAAUUUUUGGACCAAUUGUCCUGGCUCGGGGAUUCCGAACUAGGUGGCAACAGCGUGAUAUCGAUCGCGGUUGAGGAGAAAGUCACAGGGCUACAUUUCUGGGUGGCUUCGAACGGAGACGUGAAAACAAAGACUUUCAAUCAUCUGACUUGGUUGCUGGAACAGCUACAGAAAGUCGAGCAGACUCCCCAGUGGAAUCAGCAGCACCUCGUGCAGCAAAUAUUCGCUUGUUCGAUCGACCAAAGUCGGAAGAAAGUCUGCAAUUAUGCCCGUCGGCUAUUGAAGUUUGUCACGCGUGUCCAAGCAGCGGGAACGGAUGAUCUUUCAAAUUCAGACCGAGAACUCUUCAGUACAUUAAAACAAUUAGUUGCAGUUCAUGCUGAUCCCCUUUGUCUGUGCGCGAACGCCUAUCAGCUGCGGCGGUCACAGUCGAUGGUCCAGCUUAGCGACAAGCGUCUGAGAGAUGAGGACUUCUCUGAUUGGUCUUUGAUUCGCCAUUACGUCGGUCGACUGGGCUCUUGGAUGAAAGCAGCACGAACGGUGGUCUCUUUUGCCAGACAGGCACCGGCCCUCUUUCGCGAACUGCAAAUCGAAGCCGUCCCAAACCCUCGCCCAUCUGUCAUAAGGUGGACAAGACAGCUGUCGACUGUUGAGGGCGUCCUCCAGUAUUUGUUUCCUGCCUUCAAAUCCAGUCCUCCCGGCCAAGGUUUCAAGCCGCUUGCAGAAUCUUACCAAGAGUUCGUUACUCGAACGCUUCGAUACAAAGGUGACCAAGUCGAGUUUCGACCAAAGGAUGGGGACAUACGUCGAUUCCGCAAUGUCACAUCCAAGCACCACAGCUACUCCAGGCCCGAAGACUUUUUCAAGAUUCUUGAGUCUACUACCAACCUCAAUCAUAUGUUUGAUAGUGUUACGAAUCUUGGGCAGCGUGCAGUUGCUGAUGAUCUCUGUGAGAGGUCGUAUCACAUCCGGGUGGUCGAGAGGAAGAUGGCGGUGUCGAGCUUGAAAUUCACACAGCAGGAUACAGGUGCACCUCCGGAUCAUGGCCGACUAAGUAUCGUCAGGCUCUGUCUGAAGGUAGCAGCCAACAAUCUGGGCCUGCGGUGUAAGACUAUGAUUCUCCUGGAGAAGGGUAAGCGUCAUGUCGUCCGGACCUUGAUAGUUCAGCAACUGAUCAUAACGACGCUUUUCAUUUUGACCCGUUUCUUUGAUCUGAAGCCCGACUCGAUGCGCCAACUCGGCGUCCUCACUCAAGACGUCCUGAAUAGGACGUAA